AUGCAGACUGGUGCCCGUCAGCCUAAGAAUGGCCAUAUGGCGGUGGGUGAGUGGACAAGUGGGAAUGUAGGAUGGGAUGGCAGUCAAAUAAGCUUGAGGCGAGGACGCCUCGCCCAAGGUUUUCGCUCGGCCGUGCCCCGAACCAACGCCGUGCCGGGACUGGGUAGAGACGCCUCGUGA